AUGGCUCUCAACUCAACCCACCUCGGCACAUCGACCACUGUCUCAGCAGUGCAAAAGGCCCAUCUGGAACUCAAGGUAUCCAUGCAUCCAGGUGCUACAUCAUGUCAGACCUUUGAAGAACAGAGCAGAGUUGAGGUCGGUGUCAUCGAGAGAUUUUUCCCUGGUUACCUAGCGGAUAGCGUGCGGAUCUGCUUCGCAGCGUGGCUCGCCUUUGUCUGCGUCAUGGACGACAUCUUGGAGUGUCUUAGCCCCUAUGAUGGAGAGGCUGUUUUGUCUGACUGUAUUGACAUAUUGAGAAACAAUCGUAAGCCUCACACCAAGGCAAGGGCCCCCGACACGAGGGUUCAAAGGCUAACCCGGAUCCUAUACAAUCAUAGCACGCUUCAUCUUCCCGCAGGUGUCUGUGACGUAUUUUUUGAGGCAAUGUGCGAAGUUUUAAAUGCUCAUAUCACCGAGUUUCACUUCCUGGAUGGUCAGAUUUCUCAUGACCUAUCUAUAUACAUGUCUAUCCGAAGACGCACGAUCGCACUUGACCCUUUCUUUGAGGUGAUUAAAUAUGUCAAUCUUCCAGAGAGCUGGCGUCGAAGGCCUGCAUGGAAGAAGCUCCAACAAGAGGUCUGCAGCACCGCAGGACUGCAAAAUGAUCUUCUCGGGCUGGAAAAAGAUAUUGAGAACGGCGAUGAACUCAAUUCUGUCCUUGUGCUUCUACGGAACGAGGGGUUGAGCAACGCCUACGACCGUGACCCUGCAAUGUUUGCAAAGUGUAUUUCUCUAGUCGUCAAGAUGCACAAUGAGAGUGCUCUAAGAGUGUUAGAUUGUAUGGAAGAACUCUUACAACCAGGCGAUGAUGUUCUGCCAGAUUCAGUAUUGGAGGUUGCGAGGCAUAUUAUAUUGCUCUGUGAGACACACCUGGUAUGGUGUGCUUCUGCAAAAAGGUACAUGCCAAGAUCAGAGUGA